AUAUUUUACAAGUUACAUCCGGUUAGGUUGCCCUCGUAGCAGCAAUAAUGGCAGCGUUUUCAGAAAUGGGAGUUAUGCCUGAAAUCGCGCAGGCUGUGGAGGAGAUGGACUGGCUGCUACCUACUGACAUCCAGGCAGAGUCCAUCCCCCUAAUUCUUGGUGGGGGAGAUGUACUUAUGGCUGCAGAAACUGGUAGUGGCAAAACAGGGGCCUUUAGUAUCCCAGUGAUCCAAAUUGUUUAUGAGACGCUGAAGGAUCAGCAAGAGGGCAAGAAAGGCAGGGCCGCUAUCAAAACAGGAGGAACUAUUUUCACUAACUGGCAGAUGAAUCCAUAUGAUCGUAGUCCAGCCUUUGCAAUUGGCUCUGAUGGAGUAUGCUGCCAGAGCAGAGAAUUUAAAGAGUGGCACGGCUGUCGCUCCACAAAAGGUGUUACUAAAGGGAAGUACUAUUAUGAAGUGACCUGCCAUGACCAGGGUCUAUGCCGAGUGGGCUGGUCCACUAGUCAAGCAGCUUUGGAUCUGGGAACUGAUAAGUAUGGUUUUGGUUUUGGCGGUACUGGAAAGAAAUCCAACAACAAGCAGUUUGACAGCUAUGGAGAGGAGUUUACCAUGCAUGACACUGUCGGGUGCUAUCUGGAUCUAGAAAAGAGCGAGAUUUUGUUCUCUAAAAAUGGCAAUGACCUGGGUGUAGCUUUUGAAAUCCCUCAAAACCUGAGAAAUCAGGCUUUCUUUGCCUCAUGUGUUCUUAAGAAUGCUGAGCUGAAGUUUAACUUUGGAGGAGAAGAUUUUAAGCAUCCCCCGAAGGGUGGGUUUGUUGCCCUGGAUCAGGCACCAGAGAGCCACUCAGUCAAGUCUUCUCAGACAGGAAGUGCCAAAGUGAGUCAAGUGAAAACGUCAUCCAACGCACCCAAAGCUCUGAUUAUUGAGCCAUCUAAAGAACUGGCUGAGCAAACCCUCAACAAUGUCAAGCAAUUUAAGAAAUACGUGGACAAUCCCAAACUCAGGGAGCUUCUGGUUAUUGGUGGUGUUGCUGCCAAAGAGCAGCUGGCAGCUUUGGAACAGGGGGUUGACAUUGUGGUGGGAACACCUGGUAGACUGGAUGACCUCAUAUCCACUGGGAAACUCAGUCUCUCCCAAGUCCGCUUUCUGGUCCUGGAUGAAUGUGAUGGCCUCCUGUCAGCAGGAUACACAGACUUUAUCAACAGGAUUCAUAACCAGAUCCCUCAAGUUACCUCAGAUGGCAAGAGACUGCAGGUCAUCGUGUGUUCAGCCACACUUCAUUCAUUUGACGUAAAGAAGUUGUCUGAGCGCAUCAUGCAUUUUCCCACAUGGGUGGACCUGAAAGGGGAGGACUCAGUCCCAGAAACUGUCCACCAUGUGGUGGUGCCCGUCAACCCUAAAAGCGACCAUCUAUGGGAACGCCUCGGAAAGAAUCACAUUCGGACUGAUGAAGUUCAUGCCAAAGACAACACCAGACCAGGAGCCAAUACUGCAGAGAUGUGGUCAGAGGCCAUCAAGGUGCUGAAGGGCGAGUACACAGUGAGAGCCAUUAAAGAGCACAAAAUGGACCAAGCUAUAAUUUUCUGUCGCACCAAGAUUGACUGUGACAACAUGGAGCAGUAUUUCAUUCAGCAAGGAGGAGGUCCAGACAGUAAAGGACAUCAGCUUUCCUGCGUUUGUCUUCAUGGUGAUCGGAAGCCUAAUGAGCGUAAACAAAACUUGGAGCGCUUUAAGAGAAAAGAAGUGAGGCUGCUGAUCUGCACAGAUGUAGCUGCCAGAGGGAUUGACGUCAGUGGAGUUCCUUAUGUGAUUAAUGUCACUCUGCCAGAUGAGAAGCAGAACUACGUCCACCGCAUUGGCAGAGUUGGAAGAGCUGAAAGAAUGGGGCUGGCAAUCUCCUUGGUUGCUAUGGAAAAGGAGAAGGUGUGGUACCAUGUUUGCCCUAACCGAGGCAGAGGCUGCUACAACACUAGGCUGAAGGAAGAUGGAGGUUGCACUAUCUGGUACAACGAGAAAGAGCUUCUAUCAGAAAUAGAGGAGCAUCUUAAGUGUACCAUCACUCAAUGUGAGCCAGACAUCAAAGUACCUGCAGAUGAGUUUGAUGGAAAAGUGACCUAUGGGCAGCGGAGAGCAUUAGGAGGUGGAAACUACAAGGGUCACGUGGAUGUUCUGGCCCCGACAGUCCAGGAGUUGGCCAGCCUCGAGAGAGAAGCUCAAACAUCCUUCCUUCACCUGGGAUACAUGCCAAACCAGCUUUUCAGAGCCUUCUGAGCAUACCCCAGCUAGCAUGAUGGCGCUGCAGGUCUCAGUCAGAAAAUGUUAACACAUGAAAUGUGUCAUAAAAAUUGGAGAGGAAAAAAAAAACCAAAAUGAUUCACUAAAUUCUGAAUAAUUUAUACAUGAGACAAAUAUACUGAAAAUGUUCAGUGUAAACAUUUCAUUUGGUACGUCACACAUCUGUACAAUCAGCAAACUGACGGUUUUUCUUUUUGUUUAGUCACAUCAUUUCUCUUUAGUUAGGUUUUGGGCUCCUGUUUUAGUUUAAUGAAUAUAAAAUAUUAAGUUUAACGGUUUAUCAAAUGCAAGCAUUCAUGCUUAUUAUGAUGUGUUGGACUUUCCUGAUUGAUGUGGCUAAAUUAAAGGUUAAUUGUAGAUUAAAAUAAACUGUAAGUCCA